CUGUGGUCGUCCAUGUGAAAUAUGUGGAAUAAAGAAGGGGAGAAAGAGACAGCGAGAGAGAGAGAGAGAAGGAAAGAAAGAGAGUGUUAGGAAGAUAAACCUGAUUUCUCUCCUCAGAAUGGCCAAAUCCAGCCCACGCCUUCCUUUGCUAUCCUUGGCUCGAGGUCCAGGUCCUCUUCUUCUUAUUAGAGAGUUAAAGGAGGCAUUUUGACAACUCAUUUCUCUGCUUUGCUCCGUCCGCGAGAAGAGAGAAGGAGAUGGCCAUGGCCAUGGCUUCUGGGGUUUGCCAUUCGUUAAUCGCGGGGGAGAAGGGCUUAUUGAGCAGCAGAAAUUGUAUUUAUUUUGGGGGUUCUCCCUCUGUGGUUAGGGUUCUGAGUUCUAUAGGAAGAUUAUCUCUUGUAGCUGUAAACAUUCCAAAAGCUACAUCUCCAACUGCUGUGGAGGAAGGAAGUUCUAGAAUUGAUUCAGUUCCUACUCCCAAAGUUAUAAUAGAUUUGGACACGGAUCCAGAUUCAACCAUUGUCGAGAUUACUUUCGGUGAUCGCCUUGGUGCUCUUCUUGACACUAUGCGUUCACUUAAGAAUUUAGGCCUCAAUGUUGUGAAGGCUAAUGUUUACCUAGACUCUUCUGGCAAACACAACAAGUUCUCCAUCACAAAAGCGUCUACCGGCCGUAAAGUCGAUGAUCCUGAGCUUCUGGAAGCGAUUCGGUUGACCAUAAUCAACAAUCUUCUUGAAUACCAUCCGGAAUCUAGUAGUAUGCUGGCCAUGGGAGCAGCAUUUGGCAUUGAACCACCAAAAGAAGAAAUCGAUGUUGAUAUUGCAACACACGUGAACAUUUACGACGACGGACCAGCUCGAAGCUUGCUUGUCGUAGACACCGCAGACCGGCCCGGCCUGCUCGUCGACCUUGUGAAGAUCAUUACUGACAUCAAUGUAACAGUUCAGUCUGGGGAGUUUGAUACUGAAGGAUUGUUAGCCAAAGCCAAGUUUCAUGUUAGUUACAGAGAUGAAGCAAUCAGGAAGCCUCUUCAGCUGGUUGUAGCUAACAGUUUGAGGUAUUAUCUCAAGAGACCAACAACAGAGGAAGCAAGUUUCUGACUUCAAAUUCUAUGUCUACUUGAUAAAGAACUGGUGGCAUCAAGCUUGCAAGCUUAUGAAUCCUUGCAAGUGUAGUAAUCACAAAAGGCAAAUCAAGCCGUAUAUAUUUUUUAAAAUUUAUGAGAACUGCAAUUCUCCUAUUCAAGACUGUAUGUUCAGUCUGGAAUUUUGUUUUAUAUUGGAAAUACUUUCUAAGAUGGCAAAAAGGGCUUAAUGA